UGCCCCCAAUUUUGAUGAAAUUCAUACAUAAACGUGCUUUCUACCAGUAGAAUUUCAGAUGCUGAUCAACGCUAAUCAUAAUUGACUGUAAGAAGGUUUACACGAUUUUAAAAAUCUCGGACAGCAUCAGUUUACAUGCGUUUUAUGCCAGUCAAAGCACAGUAUGCGGAUUCCAGGAUCAGUCGCCAUAGUUACUGGAGGAGCACGCGGUUUUGGGAAAGCAUUUACAGAGGAACUGUUAAAGAGAGGAGCCAAGGUAUGUUUUGCCGACGUUAAUGUUGCCGAUGGCUUGCAGACAGAACAAACCUUCAAACAGACGUACGGAGAGGACAAGUCUAUGUUUGUUAAAUGUGAUAUUACAAACGACACGGAUUUCACGGGAUUGUGGAAAACGGCACUGGAGAAGUUUAAGUCAGUUGACAUUGUUGUAAAUAAUGCAGGAAUAUUGAAUGAACGCCAGCCACAGAAAACUAUAGAAAUAAAUCUUUUGGGAACAAUGCGGGGAACAGAUCUAGCAAUUAAACACAUGAGAAAAGACCAAGGCGGUAAUGGGGGCCUUAUAAUCAACGUUGCUUCGACCGGCGGUUUAUUCCCAGUGUUUUUCAUGCCAGCGUAUGCAGCAUCAAAAUAUGGAGUUGUUGGAUAUACAAGAAGUUGGGCAGCAAACCCCUUGUGUAAGACAUACGGAUUAAGCUUUGCAUGUUUGUGUCCAGCUUUUAGUGAUACAAAUAUGCUGUCUGAUACUUUGUCUGAAGACCCGCCUCUAAUUACAUACCAUGAAAAUGAAGAGCAAGUACAAGGAGUUAUACAUGGCAUAGGUGUUAACAGCGUUGAAGAUGUUUCCGCGGCUCUGAUAGAGUUGAUAGAAAAGGAGGAUAAUAAUGGUGCGGUAGUCACGAUUGAGAAAAGCCGAGGGGCUGUAUACAGAUUUACUGAACAUCCGCAUAAACUAUAAGAACAUUAAACACGCAAGUCAUGUGAUAUUUGAUGUAGUUCAACCAGAAAGUUCAGCAUAUAACAGUUUUUAUUCUAUAUCUAAAACGAUUCAAGUCAUUACAAUGCUAUCUGAUUUAGAUAUUAAAACGUUCGUUGAUAAUCAAAAACUUAAAAAUACAGUAAGAAAGAUCAUCAGAUGAUGGAAUAUUUGAAAAGUCGCUAAAAGAAGCCGUUCCGGACGAAACCUAGUCUGGCUACCGACUAGAUAAUCUUUAGUUUUUAGCCCCCAUCAAAUAUGGCCCCGCCCUGGGGGUCACAUGGUUCAUAUAGACUUAUACAGGGAAAAGUUUUUAAAAUCUUCUUGUCAAUAACCUACAACAUUCAAUUUUGGACCACAUGUAUGGUUUUGAGUGGCAAGAUGAACCUUGACAUGAGUUGACCUUGAUUUUGACCUAGUGACCUACUUUCACAUUUCUGUAGCUACAGCCUUCAAAUUUGGACCACAUGCAUAGUUUUGUGCAAUGAAAAAACUUUGACCUUGUUAUUGACCUAGUGACCUACUUUCACAUUUUUGAAGGUACAUGCUUCAAAUUUGGACCACAUGCAUAGUUUCGUGUUUCGAAAUGAAAUUUGACCUUGAUUUUGACCUAGUGACCUAUUUUCACAUUUCUCAAGCUACAGCCUUAAAAUUUGGACCACAUGCAUGGAUUUGUGUACCAAAACAAACUUUGACCUUUACAGUGACCUAGUGACCUACUUUCACAUUUUUGAAGGUACAGGCUUCAAAUUUGGGCCACAUGCAUAGUUCUGUGUAUGGAAAUAAAAUUUGACCUUGAUUUUGACCUAGUGACCUACUUUCACAUUUCUCAAGCUACAGCCUUCAAAUUUGGACCACUUGCAUAGUUUUGUGUACCGAAAUGAACUUUGACCUUAAGAUUGACCUAGUGACCUACUUUCACAUUUCUGUAGCUACAGGCUUCAAAUUUAGACCACAUGCAUAAGAUUGUGUACCGAAACAAACUUUGACCUUGACAUUGACCUAUUGACCUACUUUCACAUUUUUGAAGGUACAGGCUUCAAAUUUGGACCACAUGCAUAGAUUUGUGUUCUGAAGUGAAAUUUGACCUUGAUUUUGACGUAGUGACCUACUUUCACAUUUCUCAAGCUACAGCCUUCAAAUUUGGACCACUUGCAUAGUUUUGUGUACCGAAAUAAACUUAGACCUUAAGAUUGACCUAGUGACCUACUUUCAAAUUUCUCAAACUACAGCCUUCACACUUGUUGCACAUGCAUAGUUUUGUGUACAAAGAACUUUGUCCUUGAACUUGAUCUAGUGACCUACUUUCACAUUUCUCAAGCUACAGCAUUCGAAUUUGGACAACAUGCACAGUGUUGUGUACGGAAAUGAAAUUUGACUUUAAGCUAGUCAAUAAGUCUUGAAAUUUGGAACACUCAAAAAUGGCACAUUGGUGGGCGCCAAGAUCACUCUGUGAUCUCUUGUUUUAGAAAAAAUAAUUCUGUGAAAAAUUCUGACUUCAUCAGUCCUGGCUCUGAUUCGUAUGUUUUGAGAAGACAAGGGACAUAAUUAUACAAAAUUUGAAUAGCCUUAGAAGUUAUCUCCUUUGAACAAAACAUACGGUCUGAACACAGACUAGACGAAACCUAGAAAUUGGAAGAUUUAACGGAUAAGAAACAAAAUGGAGAAGAUAAUGAAUGGCAGCGGACGGGCGGUCAGCAUCCAAAACAUGUCUGCUUUCUAAUUCAGUUUUCAUCGGAUUUUCACCAAACUUGCUGACAAUGUUUGUAGGCAUAAUCGGCCAAUUUCGAUAACCAGCCAAAUUAUACCAGGCACUCUUUGAUUAUAGUCCUUGAAUUACUCGAAAACUGGGGAAUUUAGCUUUGUCCGCUCUCUUAAGUCGAACAGUUUUCAUUCGAUCUCCACCAAACUUGCUGACAAUGUUUGCGGGCAUAAUAUCUCAGCCAAGUAUUAUUACCACGCAAAUCGCCAAAUGGCUGUUAUAGGGAGGUUGCACCAUAUACUUUUUUCAUAAUGAAACACAGAAAAAAAAACAUUUAAUGAAUAACGUAUAUUUCGUAUGAAGUGAAAUAAAUAAAGAACAAAAAGGUUAUUUAAGGUCUAACAUUGUUUUGUAUAAUAUAUAUUUGCACUGAUACCAAGCUGGGAAAAACUAGAAAAGGCAGGAAUACAAUAUUCAGUGAAACACUUUUAAUUUAAACUGUUAUUAUAGUAAGAUAAAAUAGAUAUAGAAUAAAAAGGUUAUUUAACAUUGUACUGUACAAUACGAGAUAUAUUUGGACUCGUACCCAGCUGAGAAAAGCAUAUUGAAAUCGCCUAGCGGCUCGUCCAAUAUAGUUUUCGCAGCUGGGUACUCGUCCAAAUAUAUCUCCGUAUUGUACAGAACAAUGUUAAAUAACCUAAUAAUACAUUGUCCCGCGAAGGACCAUGUAUUUCAUUAUUUGUAUAGAUUCAUAUAUUUCACUUAAGUUUGCUGUAUAAAUAUAAAUUUGUGAACAAAUGUAUUUUAAUGAUUUUUUUUUUUACAAUUUUUCUAUAUAAUUAUGCAGUUAAUAAAAGAACUAUGUUUUGUUUAUGUUUCUUACGGUGCUAUAGUCUACAGUAGUAUUGCAAUAAAAUAUUUAAGUGAAUUACUCUUUAGUAUCUCGAAAUGAUAAACCAUGCCUUGUUUGGAUAGGCUGAAUGUUUGAUUUUAUAGCAUAGUGAAAUGAAGAUGUAAUAAUCUGACAAUUAUUUAUACCGGCGUACGGACGUAUAUACAAUUGUGGCUACACCAGUUCACGCCCUUGACGACUUCCUUGGUUAUUUCAUUAUUUCGACGUGUUCGUGUUCGUCGUUUUGCUUGAAAAAUAAAUUUGACAUAUAUGUAGCAACAUGAAAUUGUAGU